CUUUCUCUUUUUCUCUCUCUCAUUUUCUCUCGCUCACUCUCGUUUCUAUACCUCUCACUGGUGUGUCAACUGUUACAUCAGUAACAAAUCCACCAUAAGAGAGUCGAAAGAGCUCAAGUCCUCUCUCUCACACACAUAUAUUUGUAAAAUUAUCAACUCUGAAAACUUUUAGAACUUGGACCAUUGCAACCAACGAUGGGAGUGGAACAACCUGAGUAUUCUGAUGCUGAUUUCACAUAUGAUUAUGAAUUAAUCAGAAGAGGUGGGCUGAUCUUUGCAGCUGUUUUGUUCUGUUUGGGCAUGGCGAUCAUUUUUAGCAAAAAAUUUAAGUGUGGAAACAAGGCACCAAAGCAUGCGGACAACGGUGAACUAUGACUUAUCUCCUUCAUUAACCUACACUGUAUGGGGCACAUCAUUUAAUACUUUUACCAAUGGUGGUCAUGAUUUUAUGAUCACUCGAGGUUAAAAGAAUGUAGAUUUUUUUCUAACGAGCAUUGUUACUUUCUUAGAAUUUCUAAGAUGUUGUAGCUACACCAUCACAAUAAACAUUGUCAUCCUAACAAUG